ACCAUUCUCGAUAUUUUUCACGAUAGCUUUUCAAUAUUGAUUCCUCAAUCGCUCAAUCGCUCAAUCCACUCAUUAGGUACCUAGAACCCAGAUACAAUAACCCAUCUGGCAUCGUACAUUUCACGGAUAAAUCCAUUUUUUCCAUCAGUUAAAAACGGGAGAUACUUCGGCAUUUAGGUGAACAUUCCGGACUAGGGAAAGUUGUAACUUGUAACUUAUAUGGACCUUCAAAUCUAAUUCGAAAUGCAAAGGUGCCUUAUCUUAUCCCAUCCUCCGUUCUUGCCGUUCCUCGGCCCUUUUUUUUCGCAUUGAAAUUUGCUGUGUCGCGGCUAUCCAGAAAAAAAGAUGAAAAAAUUAAACAAUUGAAAUUAAUUGAGUCGGUGCGGUGAGGCCAGCGCGGGCAGCCUCAUCAUUUUAAUUUUGGUCCCAUCCCACCAGAGGAAAGGAAACUAUUGGAAGACGCGCAGAAACUACCAAGGUCCCUAGUCAUAGUCACCAUUAUUGUUCUGAUUUGAUAUUACCCUGGUCGAAUCUAUCUAAACCAUUCGAGAUUGGCAAGGGAAACUAUGCCUCCUUCAAAUGAACCAACCUCGUCUGCGAGGCCGAAGCAGAAUGAGAGAAGAGAUGGCUCGAGUACCCAGAAAGAUACCACAUACAAUCAAUCCAAUUUCACUCGACAGACAAAUGCCGUGAAGGAUUUAUUCAGUAUACCUAGACCGGUUAAGAAAUUAUUUGAUAAAGUUCCUGUUGUUACAUAUCCAGCAAACGAGUUACCACAAAGGAGUCCUGGGGCAAAGGGCAGAAGAAAUGAUAGAGAUGCUAGAUUGCCCAGUUUAUAUAUCUUCUGUAGAGAGGGCGAGGAAGAGAAUGGAGGCAGACCUAGUUUUAAUCCGGGAUGUUUGAAAUGGCAGACAUUUUUAAAUCUCGCAGGAGUUAAUCAUGAAAUUGUCUCUUCAAAUAAUCAUGCUUCACCUACUGGCGUCCUACCUUUCCUCUUACCAGGCAUCAAAUCGAAUUCUUCACAGGAUGACCACCUUCCAAUACCGAGUAAUGGACUGGUGAAAUAUGCAAAGGAACAAGGAAAGAAAGUCCCUGAACCAAAGAGUAGGAAACUGGAAGCUUAUCAAGCUCUAAUCGAUCAUAAUAUUAGAAAUGCUUGGCUACAUUCUCUUUAUCUGACCCCCUCGAACUUCCGCGAGAUAGCCGCUCCCCUCUACAUAGACCCGGCAUCCUCCUCUCUCCCAGUUCGCCUCUACACGGCCCACCAACUGCGCUCCGCAGCCGAAUCUGAGUUGCGCAAGAGCGCGGAAAUUAUUGACCAGGAAAUGAUUUAUAGGGAGGCGGAUAGAGCAUGGGAAGCACUUAGUUUGUUACUUGGGGAGGAGAAAUGGUUUUCUGGGGACGCGCCGGGCCUCUUUGAUGCGAGCAUUUUCGCUUAUACGUGGUUGUUAGGUGAUGAGGGGUUGGGGUGGGGGAAGGGUGAUAAGAGGUUGGCGGAGGGUCUGGGCAGGUGGAGAAAUCUUGAGAGGCAUAGAGAUAGGGUAUUUAGGAGGUGUUGGGGGGAGGGGGAUGGUGUACUGGUAUGA